AUGGGUGUAGGACGUCGCAUGCAAAAGCAGGGCCCUCCGGGCCCGCUCGAUGAAUCGAAAAUCACAAUGCUGAAGAAGCGCAAGGCUACCGAGCCAGAGUCGGCCCCUAAGAUUGCUGAAGCUAAAAAGCGCCGCAGACGAUCCAGCGAGAAAGAGGUGGUGAACAAGAAGGCAGCUCCUAAGAAGGCCAAGGUCAAUGGCGCUGCUGAUAAGACUGCUGCCAAGGUUGAGCCAAAGAAGGAGGUUUCCAGCAAGAAGAAGCCUGUCCCUAUGUCGGACUCAGAAGAUGAGGAGAUGGAGGACGACGAAUUCGAUGACCUCGAGGGAGUCAGCGACGGGUCAUUGGAUAGCCAGGACGAUGUUGUGGGGCUUUCAGACUUGGAGAGUGACGAUGGUGCCGAGGACGACUCUGUUCUGGACUCUGACGAGGAGAACUACACCCGUACAGCCAUGUUUUCCGACGACGAGGACAUGUCCGAUGCCGAGGAGAGGCUGACCGCAGCCAACAUCGAGGGUCUUUCUCAGAAGCUCGAUGCUGAGAAACAAUUGGAGGAUGAAGAGGCCGAGCAGGAGUUGCGGGACGAUGCUAUGCAGACCAACAUCGCUGGCGACCGCCCCAAUGUCUUCGAUGAUCAGACCCAGCAGGGACUUGCUCCGGAUCUGCAACUUCUUCGCCAGCGCAUCACCGACACAAUUCGCAUUUUGGGUGAUCUGAAGACUCUUGGCCAGGCUGACAAGUCCCGUACCGAUUACGUCGACCUCGUGCUCAACGACAUUUGCACCUACUACGGCUACACCCGAUACCUCGCCGAGAAGCUGUGGAACCUGUUCACUCCCAUGGAGGCAUUUGCUUUCUUCGAGGCCAACGAAACCCCUCGCCCUGUCGUCAUUCGUACCAACACUCUGCGCACCAACCGUCGUUCUCUCGCCCAGGCUCUGAUCAACCGUGGUGUUGUUCUUGAGCCCGUCGGCAAGUGGUCCAAGGUUGGACUGCAGGUCUUCGAGUCUCCCGUUCCUCUUGGUGCCACCCCCGAGUACCUUGCUGGUCACUACAUUCUCCAGGCUGCGUCUUCUUUCCUUCCUGUCAUGGCGCUUGCACCCCAGCCUAACGAGCGUGUCCUCGAUAUGGCCGCCGCCCCCGGUGGUAAGACUACUUACAUCUCUGCUUUGAUGCGCAACACUGGCUGUGUCAUCGCCAACGAUGCCAGCAAGCCCCGUGCUAAGGGUUUGAUUGGUAACAUUCACCGUCUCGGCUGCAAGAACACCAUUGUCACCAACCUUGAUGCCCGUACCGGUUUCCCCAAGGCCAUGGGUGGCUUUGACCGUGUCCUUCUUGAUGCCCCUUGCACCGGUACCGGUGUUAUCUCCAAGGAUGCCGGUGUCAAGACCUCCAAGAACGAGCGUGAUUUCUUGGCCAUUCCCCACAUGCAGCGUCAGUUGCUCCUCGCCGCUAUCGAGUCCGUUGACCACGCCUCCAAGACUGGUGGUUACAUUGUCUACUCCACUUGCAGUGUCACUGUCGAAGAGAAUGAGGCUGUCGUGCAGUACGUCCUCCGCAAGUGCCCCAAUGUCAAGAUUGUUGACACUGGACUUGGCGGCUUCGGUAGCCCUGGUUUCACCAGCUACAUGGGCAAGAAGUUCGACGCCAAGAUGGCUCUUACCCGCCGUUACUUCCCCCACCGUGAGAAUGUUGACGGUUUCUACGUGUGCAAGCUGAAGAAGACCGGCCCCACUCCCGUGGCCAAGGCUGACGAGACCACCUCCAAGGACCGCCACCAGAAGAAGCGUACCAGCUCUCAAGGUGCUUCUACUGAUGACGAUGAGGAGAUUGACAGAACUCCCAUCGGACGUGAGGAAGAGGCCUUUGCUGAUCUUGAGGGUGGUGCUUUCGGUCCCUUCGAGGCUGAUGAUGAUUCUGAUCGCAUUGGCCGCGCUGAGCGCAACCGUCUCCGUCGUAAGGGUCUCAACCCCAAGGGUGUUUUGAACAAACCCAAGCGUGUCAGAGAGCCCAAGCCCGCCGAGUCCACCGAGGAAUCUAAGGAGGAGGAACAGAAGAAGCCCGAGGCUAAGGAGACUGAGUCCAAGAAGGCCGACUCCAAGAAGGCCGACGCCAAGAAGGCUGAGUCCCCUAAGAAGGCCGAAUCCAAGGAGACUGACUCCAAGAAGCCCAAGGCUACCAAGAAGACCGAGGCUAAGAAGUCCGAGUUUGCUAAGAAGUCUUCCAACCAGCCCCAGGGUGAGAAGAAGACCUCGGUUGUGCAAGGAAAGCUGAAGGAGAAGAAGCCUAAGAAGGCUUUUAAAUGA